AUGGAUUCAGACGAUCCUACCCUUGUAUUUGUUCUCGAAUCGUUGAUUUGCCAGCCUGCUGACACAAAACAAUCCAAGAAAUUUUCACCGCUCGCUGGAGAACCCACUCUGAUCCAUUGCAAGAAAUUCGAGACCCUUCACUUGGCGAUCAACACAGAGCUUCGCCUACUCAUCUGCAAUAUUUGCUGCUCUGCGUUGCUCCCUAAAUCUGUUUUCAACCACCUCAGAACGACCCACAAGACACUUCUCCGUGGGCUUACUCAGGCCCAGUUUUUGCAAGUCUGCAAAGAUCAGCGUUGUCUUGAAGAGUGGCCCCAUAUCCGUGCGCUGACCGUGGGUCCACGAAAGCCAUUCGCAGGAUUAGCUGUGAUGACUGAACGUUCGGUCUGUACUGAGUGUGGCCACCUUGGAACCCCGAAGGACGUCAAACAGCACGUGAAGAUACACGGGGCGCGUUCUCAGCCCCCGAUCCUCGAUAACUGUUUGACUCAGGUCUUAAACCGCGGAGGAACCGGGUAUGCAAAAAAAACAUUUUGGGUGGAGAGAAUCCCCGAGCAGGCAGCACAACAAGGAUCACAACUCCUCCCUAACUUCAAACGCUUUUCCAGCCAGGCGGCUGGAAUGGAAACCGAGAUUCCAAAUGCUCGGCUGAUUAGCCCGUUACUUCUGCGUACGCGAUGGCACGAAUACAUCCAGCCACACCAGGACUCUAUCGGCCUUCUGAUUGAGCUGGCAUCCAUGCCAGAGAAGGACGAUUUCCCUGCACUCCAUUCCGCCGUUCUAGAUUACUUUCAACACGCAACAGAGUUUCUCCCAGUAACAGAGGAGCCUGUGCUACAAAGAAUCAAUAGCUCAGAUCCGGCCAAGGACGGUAUCAACAACACUCCGCUGCAUGAUUUUCAUCAGCCAGAAAGGACACUUACAGCGUACAUUGUACCUGUGACACGCCUUCUUGCAGCCCUGCUGCGCCAAUCUUCCACCGUACAACUUCCAAGCUCAGAGGCCUUGCGUGGGGCCGUGACGAUGUUGAAAGAGAGGAUGCUUGAAACUGGCCUAAUGACAACAGGCCUCUCGCCGCCAGCAAUUCAGCUUCUGCAUAACGUCUUCAAGGCCCUUUGGCUGGAAAAAUGGAAGGCCGAUGAAGGAGGGGAUUCACAUUGGGCUGAUCCCACCAUGUGCUUUCUUGCACUGUUCUGUCUGGAGCCAUCGGGGACUUUCUUCCAACCACCUCGUGUCACAACUCCUGUUUCCAAACUCUGCCGAGCCAUUCGGUUGGUUGUUUUGAUGGAGAUCCAUACCUCUAUCCACAUGGACAAGAAGACGACUCAGGAAAAAGAAAUGGAGCGGUGUGCACCAUUUGUGAUGGAACAUACCGGUACUACAUUUGGAUCUCUCAUGAGCUUGCAGCACUAUGCGACUGCUCUCACCCUGAACUCCAUGGCUCUCCCACAUAUUGUGUGGAUCGAUUUGGUUCACGGACACCGGCUCAUGUUUAAGGGCCAAUCGAUUUCUCUGAAGCAACUUCAGUCUGUGUUUGACACCUUGGAAGCACAGAUUGUCAAACGCUGGGAAGCCGAAGUUCUUCUGGGAUUACCACUGAUGAUGGAAUACGGGACACUCUCUGACGACUUGCUGGAAACGAAGCAAGGCUACUCGUUUUUCAAGGACAAGGCCAAUGGGCUCAGUAACAGCGGCAGCAAACUUCUUGAAGCGAUUCUGGGAAACGACAAGAUCAGAAAGGAUUUCACCAUUGGCAAUGGCUCAUCUUUCAACUAUGUGCGGUGCCGGCAGUGGUUACAGGCGCUGGCUUCGGUGGAGUGUAUGCUGCUCGUCUACAUAGACCUAACCAGUGGUGCUACCACACGGGGGACAGAGCUGGUCAGCAUGCUUGCAUGCAACUCGUUGUACCGAGUUCGCAACGUUAUGUCUGUGGGCCGAUAUGUUGCCCUCAUCCGGCAAUAUGACAAGACGACAAAUCUCAGGCAGGAGGACAAGCUAAUCCCACAUGCUUUGAGCAGCUUCUGUGGUGACUUGCUGAUACAAGUUCAUACCCUUGCACGGCCUUUGGCGUCGUUUCUGGCAUCCGAACUCUGGCCAACACCGUCGUCAGACUGUGCGUUGAAAUAUAGGCAAAUGUUGUUUAUGGACUAUGGCAGGGAGUUUACUUCUGACAAGCUAAGCGCUGCCAUGGGGGAAUUCACAUCUGCGCACCUUGACUGGUCCAUGCAGCUCGCAGCCUGGCGUCAUGUCAACAUUGCCAUGCGACGCAAGCUGUGCAAUCGAAGCUUAGAUUCGGUCGAUCAGGAUCCCUUCUCUGCUAUGCAGAGCGGACACACCCGGGGGACCGAAGAUCGUAUCUAUGGGCUCUCUGCUAAUGCUUUGCUGGGUGCACCUGAAGACCUGGUGCAAACUUUCCUGAGCAUCAGCACGGACUGGCAGCUGGCUACCAAGGUUGUGCCUGGUGGGCUCAACCUUCGCUACAACAAAUCCUUGAGAGGCCACUUCAAUUCUUUGGUCGAAGAUGGCACAAUCAAGACAAACCCAGUGGAGCAGACAUCCUCACAGAUGGAGACGAUGUUGGAAAUGCAGAAGGCCAUGCUCAAGGAGAUAAAGUCUCUGCGGAGGGAACUGAGGCUUAUGAAAGCCCGAAGUAGUAAGCCAAUUCUAACGAUCUCCUAUUGUCUGAAGAAGAGGCGCUGA